GUUUGGGGCAGACUGUGAGGAAACAUCAUUAAUUGUUAGAAAAUACAUACUUGCCACAUGUAAGCAGAUGGCAGACCUACAGGGGAAAAUAUUUGAAAUCAAUGGUCUGUCUGUCACAUUUUCAUUUGAGGAAAUUCCCAAUGAUAUGAAAAUGCUGGCUAUGCUUGGUGGAGAGUUAAAUAAUGCAGCAACAUAUUUCUCUACUUUUGGCAAUGCAACUCUGGAUAACUGUCGCGAUGUAAAAGGAACUUUCGGAAAGGGACCUUCUUGUACCUGGAAGGCUUGGUCUUAUCAGGACAGAAUUAAGACUGCUGCUGCUGUGGAAAAAUUUAAAGACUCUCUGAAGAAAAAGACUGUCUCUGAUAAGACUAAGCGUUCGAAGGUGACAGAUUUCAUUGCCAAAAGGAAGAGUCGUCAAGAAUAUGCACCAUUGAUUGGUAAAUUGAUUGACAAAGCCCAUGUAGAACCCCUUCACUUGAAGAAUAAUGCAUGGCAGUAUUUCUUUAAAGCAGUUCUGCGCGAAUCAAUUGGUAAAUCAAACAUAGAAACAUGCAAGUCAUUUUCAGAUGUGCCAAGACAUUCCUGCUUUGCGAAAGUUGUCUUUGCUCUGCAAUAUGAAGUUAAGGCAAACCGGGUGGCGAAGAAAGCAAUAAAGUGGUAUAAUGAAACUCAAGCUCACCGAGCAGAUUUCGCUUAUCGCUUCACCGGCAAAGAUUCCAGGCUUUUCUGUCAUAACUUCAUGCGGCUGAUCAAAGCAAUGAGUGAUUCAAGUGAUUCCCGAGCACAGCAGCAGAAUGUCUUGGUACUUGCAUACAUUGGCCUAAGGUUGAGAGAUGCUUGCUCUCUUUUUAAUAGGUUUAUUAUUAAUGAAACUAACAUUAGUGAUUUAUCUAAAGCAGCAUUGGAAUACUUUCGUGCAAAUUCUCUAUUUGUACCAACACAAGUAACACCUACUAUAUGGACAAUAGGUCAUGUAGUACCAGUGCAUACAAAGUACAUGUAUGAUACAUAUUGUCAGGGUCUUCUUACUGUUUCUAUGGAGGGACGGGAAGCUAAGCACAUUGCUCUACAGCGACUAAGUGCCAACACAACCUAUCAGAACCGCUGGAGUGAAAUAUUUAGGCAUGAAUAUAUAAUGUUAGUUUGGCUCCCAGAGCAUGGCCAUGAACCAUGCUCCAAUACACCAGGCAAGGAUAACUACAUCCCUGAGAGAGCUGUUAAUGACCCAAAAUAUUGUUAUUGUGGAUUAGAGAAGGUAUCGUCUGAUGAUGAGAAGUGUACUUUCUGUGGCCAUAAUGUAACAGCUUUAAUUGAUAAAAGUGUACAAAAAGCUGAGAUAGUAACUGAAUUAUUAAUUAACUGACCAGUUGCAACAUGAAAUUCUGUUGCAUAUUUAAAUGUGAAAUAUUUGGAUACUUUAAAAUCCAAUUGG